AUGAAAACUGCUACAAUUAUCGUAACCCUUGUAGCGCUGAAAUCAUGUUUUGCAGUUUCCCAAAUAGAAGAGACUGAAAACUAUUUAAGUCGCUUUUUAGCUGACUUGUGGCUUGAAGGCGGUGACAUGGUUAAGAUUAUUUGGCGGGAUUGUUCUAAAAAGGUAAUCGAUGUCAAAGACCUCAUUGAACGUAAGGAAUAUUAUCCUAAAUUCGUGCAAUGUAUGAAGCUGAAAACACUUAGAGCUAUAGAUAGGACUCUUAAUAUGGAUAUAAUACCAAUCGCCGAAGGAGUUAAUUUGGUCAGGUUCGAACUUGCAGAUCAAGCGGGUAAUGUUUUGACAGUUAAUGGGUCUAGCUCGUGGAGUGACACCGAUUUAGAGCUAGAAGACUGGCGUACCUUAGCUAUUCAGAGAAUUGGGAGAGUACUGAGAACUCAUGUCAUCAAAUUCGAAUUUACUGAUAAUAAAUUGCUUGAAAGAGCUGAACAAAGAGGAAGACGCCGCUACCAUAUGCUGACUAUGAUGAUGUUUGGCAUCGUCUCUAUUGGCAUGGUCCUAGUUCCUAUGGGUUUCCAGUUUCUAGCUGUGCUUGGAGGCAAGGCUUUGGUUCUGGCCAAAAUGGCUCUGAUUCUUGCUUCUAUACAGGGACUGAAAAAGAUUGCUUCAAAUCCGCUGAACUACGGAUACUAUCCCUACCCAUACGAUCACUACGAUAGACGAAGUAACGAUGGUGUGCUUACCGCCUUAAAAAAUCUCAGAACACGACAUAAUGACGGUCAAGAUAAGCUGAUAAAUCCCAUUAAUAUCAAACCGAUUUUAUCCCAGCCGAAAGAUAAACAUGAUCGCGAUUUCCCUCACAGUCUCAAUAUUGCACCUAUAGAUACACCUAUAGUUGAUUUAACAACGCACCCGGGAGAGGUACAAGCCACAUAUUCAUUGAAAUUGCCAUAUAAUGGUUUGAACUUUCAUGCUGCCCCUAAUGUCGUUUCGACUUGA